GGCCGUUCUAUCUCAAUCUUUUCUUUAACCAAAUUUUGGACAUAAAACUUAAAAAAAAUUGAAUCUGUAUCUAGAUCCAGAAAUACCCAAAAAUUUAAAAAUACAAAGGAAGGGAUAUUUAUAGAAAUAUUUUGUUUGGUGUGUGUAUGCUGUGUGCGUGCGCGCGGUAUGCUACGAGUGCGAGUAUAUUGAUAUUGUAAUUUCACUAUAAUAAGUUUGUUUAAAAUAACAUUAUAAUUAAACAAUUUAAUUUUCAAAAUUAGAGUAUAUAAAUAAAUUGAAAAUGACUGUUGAUUGUGCAAUUAACAAUGAUCAAGUAAUUUUUGUCACUGGUGGUUAUGAUCAUACUAUCAAAAUAUGGCAACCUCAUACAGGUGUUUGUCAACGUACGUGUCAACAUGCGGAUUCUCAAGUCAAUGCAUUGGAUAUCACACCUGAUAAGUAUGUUGUAGCUGCUGCUGGAUAUCAGCAUAUACGGAUGUAUGAUCUAGCUUCAAAUAAUCCUAAUCCAGUUGUCAACUAUGAAGGCGUAUCAAAAAAUAUUACCAGUUUAGGCUUUCAGGAAGAAGGAAAGUGGAUGUAUACAGGAGGAGAAGAUUUUUCUGCAAGAGUGUGGGAUUUGAGGUCUAGCAGCUUUCAGUGCCAAAGAAUAUUUCAAGUAUCCGCACCUGUAAAUUGUGUCUGUUUACAUCCUAACCAAGCAGAAUUAAUUGUCGGCGAUCAAAGUGGAGUCAUUCAUUUAUGGGAUCUUCGUUCUGAUCACAACGAACAAUUAAUUCCCGAAGCUGAAUCCUCAAUUCAGGAUAUUACAAUAGAUCAGGAUGGUACCUACAUGGCGGCGGUAAAUAAUAAAGGACACUGCUACAUUUGGACGCUUUCAGGAGGCAUCGGAGAGGAGCCUACAAAACUAAAUCCUCGUCACAAACUUCUAGCUCAUAAACGUUAUGCCCUUCGCUGCAAAUUUAGUCCUGAUUCUACAUUGCUGGUAACAACAUCGGCUGAUCAGACUGCGCGAGUAUGGAGAACAACAGACUUUUCCGAAGUACAAGUGCUUCAACCACCUAACGAUGCAAAACGUUGGGUCUGGGACGUGGCAUUCAGUGCAGAUUCUCAAUACAUAUUUACUGCUUCUUCAGACGGAGUUGCAAGACUGUGGAAUGCGUCUACAGGAACAGUAGAACGAGAAUAUCAAGGACAUCAAAAGGCUGUCACAGCUCUUGCUUUUCGCGAUGAAAUUGUUUCCGCGAAUUAGGAAUAGAAAGUAAAUACUUAAAUAUUAUAUUUGAUUUUUUUACGAAUAAUAUUUAAAAUUUAAAAUUAUGUUAUGCAUUAUAUGUAAAAGAUAUAUAUUGGAUUAAAUAAA